AAUGAGCCUUCCGAAUUUGGGAAAGCGUCUUGCUGAGAAGAUAUGGGAGAUUGUCGAAAGUGGAGAUCCGGAGUUCAAAUCUAGCGAAGAGAUCCGGGUCAUUGAGAUGUUUAAGGAUGUUUGGGGUGCAGGGCCACAUACAGCGCGAACCUGGUACCAGCAGGGACUUCGCACCCUCGAAGACCUUCGAACCAAGACAAAUCUUACCCAUCAACAGAACGUUGGCCUUCGGUGUUACCAUGAUUUCCUUGAUAGGAUGCCGCGAGCAGAGGCAGCAGAAAUAGAGAAAGUGAUGGUUGAGGCAGCUGAAAGCCUUCAGGAAGGGGUCCUAGCCCAGGCCUGCGGCUCCUACAGGCGCGGGAAGGCAACGUGCGGGGACGUGGACGUGCAGGUCACCUAUCCCGAUGGCAAGUCUCACAGGGGAUUGUUCGGCAAACUGCUGGCCAAACUGAAGAAAGAUGGAUUUCUGACGGGCGACCUUGUCACGGCUGAAGAUAACGGCAACCAGAAGAAAUACCUUGGCGUUUGCAAGUUGCCAGGAGAGAACAGCAAGGGGACAUAAAAGAUCUACGAAGGUACGCCAGUGCCACCCCCACGGAAGAAUCGGUGUUUAUAAAAAUGGGAAUCCCUUUAAGACCCCCAGAAGAAAAGGACCAUUAACUGUUGCUACGAAAACUCGGAGAUGAAACGAUAUAUAUUUUAUAAUUGGUUGAGAAUCUACGACGUGUAGUAUUAAGUUAUUGGCGGUUAGCUGGAAAUUGCAUCCUUAAUUUUCAUUGCUAACCUUUUUACGCCUACCCCAUCGUCAGUCGAUUUCUUUGAUUUGUUUGUUUACGAUUCCAAAAAUCUUGACACUUGAAUUAUAAAACCAACAUGCUUUUAAUGUAUUGUUCAUCAAUAGUAAAGAAUAAGUUUCAGUUAUAUGUCUGCAUUUGUCACAUGUUUUGUGUUUGGACCUGCUAUAAAUAAUAUCGUGAUCAAAAGCCUAUUGACUAGCUUUUGUUAAAUUUAGAUUCAUAUAGAUCAUUUUGGUCUGUAUUCCGUAAAACGCAAUGUUUGGAGCAUUGCGAUUUGCGUCUGUAUGCACACAAAUGUUAAUUUAUUUUUGUUAUUUAUUUAAAAUGAAUUCAAUUUUAUGUCGAAUAUUUUUUAUACAAGUUGUGAGAUAGAUGUCAAUAUAUGCUAAAUGUUGUAAUUAUGCAUUUACUGUAUUCAAUUAUUAAUUGUAUUUGUGUUGUUAUGUGCAAUAUAUUUAUGAUGCUUUCACAUAACAAUUUAUACGUGAUAUUUAAUGUGACAUCCUUAUAGUUAUACAGUCAUUGUUAAUUUUUGUG